ACAUCCUGCCAGUCGACACUCUCUUUGGCGUCUGCCACUUAAUAAUGUGUAUUCUAUUGGAGGCUGUCUGAGUUCUGGUCUGUUCUUUCCACGCUACUCGUCCCAGAUCUGUUGUCUUGCGCGGUGUUGCUGCAGUCAUCUCCUUACGAUCAACGCGAUGACCACCACUGUUCCUGCUCGAACACCCAUUUUUCUCACUCGUUCGUUGGUUUUCACGCCUUCUUACGUUAAUCACCACCUCCGCCGAAACAUUCGUCGAAGCCUCGACCCAUACAAAUUACACUCAAGAAACCUGCAUUCGUCACCACGUUCUGCCGCGGCGGGCGCGUGCGCUGCUACAUCAGCCAUUCCGCACAUUUCAUUGCACAUUGCGGCGUCGUCGAGCGGCAAAGACCGCAAGUUCCGACCCGAAUCGAGUACAUAUGACUACAUCCCCAGCGACAACGACGGUUUAGGCCUGCAACAUGGCUCAGACAUGGAACAGAAAAGGUCUAGCCGACCCGACAGCGGACAAGAUGCAUAUUUCGUUGGACGUGUAGGUCAGGACGCGGGCACAACAGCAUUCGCCGUGGCGGACGGUGUAGGCGGGUGGACAGAGCACGGCAUAGAUCCUGCUGACUUUGCCCACGGUCUCUGCAGUCACAUGGGUGCGACUGCUCUUGCGUGGUCGCAGAAAGAACGACUCAAUCCCGGUCAAUUACUGCAGAUAGGGUAUGACAAGACAGUCAAGGACCCUGGGAUCCGAGCAGGAGGCAGUACAGCGUGUGUCGUUGUAGCCGAUCGAGACGGGCGCAUGAGGGUUGCCAAUCUAGGAGAUUCAGGUUUCCUGCAACUACGGCUUGGAUCGGUGCACCAUAUCUCAACCCCACAAACCCAUGCUUUCAACACUCCCUAUCAACUGAGUCUCACGCCUCCAGAAAUACUGGCUCAGGCGAAAAUAUUUGGAGGCAUGCCUCUGAGCGACAAGCCGGACCGAGCCGAUCUGGCGGACCACAUGCUUCGACACGGCGAUGUUCUGGUUCUCGCGACGGAUGGUGUCUGGGAUAACCUCAACUCCCAAGAUAUCUUAUCGAUUGUGUCAGCGCAUAUGCGCGAGAAGGGCGCUUGGCUAAGAUCCGACGAUCAGGGAUAUAGUGUCUCGCCUAUCCUGUCGGAGCUUGUGGAUCGAUCGCUCGCCCCUCAGAAACAUAAACUACCGGGCACGCUGCAGAGUGUCCUGGCUGCGGCGAUUGUAGGGGAAGCCAAAACAGCUAGUCUCAGCGCAAAGCGAGAUGGCCCCUUUGCCAAGGAGAUGGCGAAGCAUUACCCUUUUGAUUCCUGGCAUGGUGGGAAGGUGGAUGAUAUUACUGUUUUGGUCGUCAUCCCUGUGGACGAGAGCGUGGCGAUGAAGGAAAAGACAAAACUCAAGGCCAAGUUGUAAGAGGGCUGUCACUUGUCCAUGGAAUACAGGGGAGGAAGUGUACUUCGGAGCUUGAAAAGGACAGCCCGCAAGAGAAAAGGGGCGAGGUUUUUUGGACAUGGCAUCGCACAGCGUUGGCGUUCAUGUUAUUUUGAAUUUCAAGACUUGAGCCACCCAGGACUCACCAACACAUGAGUUUGACUGUAACAGACAGGAUACCAGGUAUCACAACUAGACUCUUUGCGACGACCCUGCCGUAUGAGUGAC